AUAAAACUGAGAGAAGUAAAAAGCUUAAGAAGUCACCAAUCAAAUUACACAUUGCUGUCCGUAUGUACUUAUCUGUUUAGUAAUAUAUUAAAGCAAUAAAAUAUACAUUAUGUCGUAAUGUUUCGACCAAUUAACAAAAUCGGGCAGAUUAUAUCAUUCGAAUGUAAAAGUAAAGAAUUUGUCAGAAACAAAGUGGUACAGCCCACUUCUGUACUGAAACCGGCAGAAAAAAUUAAAUUGUACAAUAAAGAAAAUAAGGAAUUAUUCGGUCCGUUAUUAGAAACGAGCAAGCAAAAGAAACAGCGAAUUCAAAAAGAAGCUAAAAAUACUACGCAACAAAACAACAGAACGACUAAAGAAAAUACGGUGAAAUUUGUCAUUAAUAAUGCUGUGAUUCGACCGUUUGCACACAGUACAGUGAUUCAAGUAAUAAAUAACAAAAUGUGGCAAAAUACAAGGCACUGUUUGAAUAUUUUUGGAGUUCUUUUAAAUAACACAGCUAUACGUGGCUUAAAAACAUCUGUAGUAUGUGGUACAGCCAAAAGUUCACCAGCGCAACCUGGAUAUCCCAGUGAAGAUAAAAUCUUGCAGAUAAAACACCACAGAAAUGAUUAUGCUGAACAAUACCCAUCGGUGACACUAAUAUUAAACAAAACAAUGACUGAAGAGUCUAGGUUGGCUUUGGAGAAGUGGAAACAAGAGAGGAUUGCCGAAAUGGGAGUUGAAGAAUUUAAUAGAUUUUACCAAGCUCAAAUGGCAGUCGGUACAAAGUUUCACAACACUUUAAAGGAUUACUUCACUCAACCUCGUAGCCAGCUUCGUAUAGAGAAGGAAGUGGAGGGUGUAUGGGUGUCUGUAGCAGAUGUGUUGAAAAGUAUAUCUUCUCCAAAAGCCAUAGAAUCGAAUGUUGUACACCCCGUACUGAAGUAUAGGGGAAUUUUUGAUGCCAUUGCUGAUUACGAAGACAAACCGACUUUAAUCGAGUGGAAGAAGUCUGAUAAGCCGAGGAAGUCGAUAGCCCUGACCUACGACAACCCGGUGCAGCUGGCCGCCUACUUCGGUGCGGUCUGCAACGACCUCAACUACAAGCACAUGAAGGUCCGCGACGCGCUGCUCGUCAUAGCGUACACGGACGGCUCGAAGGCGGACGUCUUCCACCUGUCCACCGACAAGCUGAGGGAGCACUGGGCGCAGUGGCUGAUCCGACUCGAGGAAUACAUAAACAAGCACGGCAAAGAUUCCGAGAAGUUCCUGAAAGGCGGUAAAAGGUUGUUUGAGGUGGAAAUCGGAAAUCUCCAGUAAAUGGAUUGGAGCAACACAUACCACAAAAAUUACUUCCAUUGUUCAUUGAAUCGAAAUUCAAAGUUGGACCAAACAAGGCCGUGAAAAUAAAUCGGAAUAAUACAUUAGAUGCAAGUCAGCUGAUCGCUUGCAUAUUUUGAUUAAACUACUAUGUUCUAUCCAAAUUCGUCAUCAAAAUUUUAAGUCGAUAGUAUUGAUCAUCGUAAUGCCUACAAAAGUAAGAAAAAAAAACCUAAAAUGAAAAUGUUCAACGAAAUUGUCUUUUUGUCCUACGCCUAAGUACAGGCCAUGAAAUUCUUAUAAUUAAUAUUCAUAAGAAUUUCAAUAUUUUUAAAAGUUAAAAACUAAAUAAGCCGGCUAAAAUAGCAAAUGGAACAAAAAAUUUCUGUUUUUUUAAUCCUGUUAGAGUGAAGUUAUAAAAUUAUUUUAUAUUUUAUAAGUCAUCGGUCCUUGAUGCAAACUUUCAUGUCAACCAAAGGUCGUAAAUCCUGUUUCAAUGAAGUGCAAAGAUUGGAUUAUAUACAAAUAAACAUACCAAGCUAAAAUAAGUAUGUUAUUAAUGUUAGUUUUGCUUGUUAUCGACGUUCUGAAAAACACGCCGUGCCAUUACAAUAAAUUAUCGGUUGGAUCUGCUAUCAUAUUUUCAGUUUACAAAUGUCUUAAUAAUUUGUAUUAUGUCCACGGGCGCUCACGGUAAACCUAAUAUCAAAGAUGGCGACGGUCGCCUGUUUAACUGCUUGCGACUGCCAGUGUAAGGUAAGAAAAACAAGUUAAAUCUCAUUCAUCCACCUUACUAGUUAUUUUUUUUGUUCUAUUUAGAAAAUGUAAUAAAUAUGUAAAUUGUCCGUCAGUCUUCGUAAAAAUAGUAUAUCUACGUCCUUGAAAAAUUACAUGUUUUGAUUUUUUCUUUUUCAAUCAAGGGUUUCCAAAACAGUUAUUGGGUAAGUUAGUGAAACACAAUUACUUU